UAAAACGUAAACAUAUUAUCGCUGCUUUAUCUGGGAGGAAAAAUCAUUAUUUAUAGAAAAAACAUCAUUGUGAGUUGUUUAUUUAGUUGCAAAUAGUUAACAAAUUCGUUGCGACGCGGCGGCCAUACUGUAAGGUAUGCGUGUGUAACUGUUUGGUCCUUCAUGCUGGUACGAUAGCAAUCUGGCACCAGGUGAAUAAACAUAUUCGAAGGACUUCGUGCUAUAUUCUGGCAUAUGGCCAGUUUCAAAGGAGCGAUUUUCAAGUGAAAUGAUUCUUUGCUGGCCAAGGGUGCAGCUCUCUUUUAGUUGUUAGUUUGUACGUCGUUCAGUCGUGACGAGCUGGUUGAGGAUGAAAAUACAAAUCCCACUCGGUCGCAGCCAGAGUCCGGCCCUGGACAAAGGUGUUGAAGGUGCGAAAGCGGGCGGGUACGAGGCUCCGGUUGCCAACGGGCCAGACGAUGAUUUCGAGCUGUGGGAUCAGAGCAAGGCGUUGCGCUCGGAGUACCGUGACAGCCGGUGGGCCCAGAAUGGCUGGUCUUCCUGUAUUCCAAUAUCGAUCAUACUGGUGCUGAUUGUGCUGGUUGUGCUGUUGCCGUUGAUCGACCACGGUGAUCGGACCGGCGGAGAAUCGAGCCGGACCGGGCUGGGUCAGCAGGUGCGCACCAAGUGCCCGGAUGAGUGUACGAUUCAGCUGGCCGAGAGCAUUCCGGAGGGCUUGACCUACCCGGAUGGCAGCGUUUCCUUUCGCUCUACCUUCGACGCGUGGAUGGCACUAAUAGCGAUGGCGGAGGAAACGAUUGAGAUCGGUUCGUUCUACUGGACGUUGAAGGGAGCGGAUGUGUACAAUCACAGUUCGGCGCGGGAAGGCGAAACGAUUUUCCGUCAGCUGUUCCUAGCCGGUACGGAGCGUAAGUUGCGAGUGAAGAUUGCCCAAAGCGCGCCAACGUCCGUUUCGCCCAACCUGGACACGGACCUGCUGGCUAAGCAGGGUGCUGCUAACGUGCGCUCGGUCGAUUUUCCUCGCCUUUUUGGGGGCGGUGUGCUGCACACGAAGGUGUGGCUCGUCGACCGGAAGCACUUCUAUCUCGGAAGCGCCAACAUGGACUGGCGGUCGCUGACGCAAGUCAAGGAGCUGGGCGUGCUCGCUCGUAAUUGCUCCUGUCUGGCGCAGGAUUUGGCGAAGAUAUUCGACGUCUAUUGGGACAUGGGUGUACCGGAUGCGCGUGUACCUCCGAAGUGGCCCAAGCAGUACGCGGCUAAUUAUAACCUGAGCGCCCCCGCAAAGGUGCAGUUCAACGGAGAACACGUGCUAAACACCUACUUUUCGAGCUCACCUCCAAUGCUGUCCCCUGAUGGGCGCACGGACGAUCUAGCUGCCAUUCUCGAUGUCAUCGGCAAGGCGAACCGAUUCAUUCAUAUCUCUGUGAUGGACUAUUUCCCGCUGACUCUCUAUUCCCGUAAAACGCAAUAUUGGCCGUACAUAGACGACGCGUUGCGAAAGGCCGCCAUCGAGCGGAAGGUGUCAUUGCGGUUGCUUAUUUCGCUGUGGGAUCAUUCGCGGCCCUCGGAGGACUACUUCCUCCACUCGCUGGAGGCGCUCUCGAAUGCACUCAGCGGGGUGGACAUCCAGAUUCGGCGGUUCGUCGUACCGGCCACGGACGAUCAGAAGAAAAUCCCGUUCGGUCGCGUCAACCACAACAAGUACAUGGUGACGGAUAAUACCGCCUACAUUGGGACGUCCAACUGGUCCGGCGAUUACUUCAUCGACACGGCCGGCAUCGGAAUGGUGAUGGGGUCGUUCGAAACCGACGGCACCAUCAUCCAGGAGCUGCAGGCGCUUUUCGAGCGCGACUGGAACAGCAAGUAUGCGGUUGAGCUAAGCUAGAUCUCAAUUACACCCUUCGGAUCGCCGGGGGUAAACGGCUGGCACUGCAUUGAAACUCACAAUCAAGCCGGAAACGAACCACCAAAAUGCUCCCGGUGGGUGUCUUCAAUCAAUCUUAUGUGCCUUCUCAAUCCAAAGUGGUUAGUGAAAAGUGGUAUACCGGUUCGCUCAAUUAAGUUAAACAUCUUCUCUCUUGAUGGACACUAUUUUUCCAUUUUACUAAGCGUAUCCUAGAGUGUUGAACAACAUAUCAAGCCUUUUGCACUGUUUCGAACUCAACCCCGUCGUGAGCGUUUAGAUAAGGUUGACACGCAACGCACACCCUUUAUUAUUAGGAGUACGUAGGAAGUUUACUACCUUAAUUGGUUACUUAGCUAGAAGAAAACUAUUACAAUUUUUCAACGCAUACGAUAAACAACGCUUAAAAGCUACAGCACUUAAAUUUUUUUUUCCUAAUUCAAUCGCUCAUAUUUGUGUCUGUGAUGCGCUCGGUGGUCUGUGAUGCGCGAAAUGAGUGAGCUAGUAAAUAAACGAACAAGCAACUGCACCUUGA